GUAAUAACCAAGCUUAGAAAAUGGUUGAAAAUUGAAAUCAAAUCACCACCUUGUCACUCGAUAAUGGCGUCAUCUAUUUUGUCUCUCCUCCUCCUCCGGCGCCGUCCACCCCUAAGUUCCUUCUGCCGCCGCACAUACACACACAGGAAGCCGCCAUAGAAUUACAGAGCCGCUAAUCGUCACUUGAAUGCAACAUUUGCUACAGCGCCUUUGGUUCUGCAAUUUAAGUAUUGGCAGGUCAGUUUAGUUGAAAAUGCAGGCUUUUCUACAUUAGGUGUCAAAGCAAAGUAAUUUGAGGGAAAAUAGCUUGGCAUUAGUAAGUAAGGAUCUUCGCAUUACAGAAUCGGGCCAAUUGCUUCGGGCUUGGCCACGUCUCGAAUUCGAUGGAAACGAGGGGGAGUAUCGAGGGUGUGUUCUCAUCUUCUUCCAAGGCCAGAUCAUUCAGAGCUCAAUCUUCUGAUCUGUGUUUCUUGGAAUUUACUAACGGAGAUGUCGAGGAUGUUGCACCUGCCAAAAUCCAAGUGAAAUCAUACGAAUCAGUAUUGCCGUACGUCGGUGUCUCUUGUUUAGGGGCCGUUUUGUUUGGAUAUCAUCUAGGGGUGGUUAAUGGAGCUUUAGAGUACCUUGCCAAGGAUCUCGGUUUUGCAGAGAACACGGUUUUGCAAGGUUGGGUUGUUAGUGCACUUCUUGCUGGUGCGACUGUCGGUUCUUUUACUGGAGGUUCAUUAGCCGAUAAAUUUGGCCGAACAAAGACUUUUAUGUUGGACGCAAUUCCAUUAACAGUUGGAGCAUUUCUUUGUGCCACAGCACAAAGUAUAGAGACGAUGAUAAUCGGCCGCUUACUCUCUGGAAUCGGAAUCGGCAUAUCAUCAGCUAUUGUGCCACUUUACAUAUCCGAGAUCUCACCUACUGAAAUUCGUGGGACGCUCGGAUCCGCCAACCAGUUAUUUAUAUGUAUCGGGAUUCUUGCAGCAUUGGUAGCUGGAUUGCCUUUGGCAGGGAAUCCUUUGUGGUGGCGGACAAUGUUUGCUGUUGCAGUUAUCCCAUCUGUACUAUUGGCACUUGGAAUGGCGUUCUCUCCCGAAAGUCCCCGAUGGCUUUAUCAGCAAGGGAAAAUUUCUGAAGCUGAAGUUUCCGUAAAAAGACUGUACGGCAAAGAAAGAGUUGCUGAGUUUAUGAGUGACCUGGAUUCAGCAGGUCAAGGUUCCUCCGAACCCGAAGCUGGAUGGUUUGAUCUUUUCAGCAGUCGUUACAGGAAAGUUGUCAGUGUUGGGGCAGCUCUCUUUUUGUUCCAGCAGUUUGCUGGAAUAAAUGCAGUUGUUUACUACUCGACUUCGGUUUUCCGCAGUGCUGGUGUUACAUCUGAUGUUGCUGCCAGUGCUCUGGUCGGGGCAGCAAACGUUUUCGGAACAACUAUUGCAUCAUCGUUGAUGGAUAAAGAGGAGCGGAAAAGUUCUUUUGCUUAUAAGUUUGCAGGAAUGCUUGAUGUUUAUGUAUACAGUUAUGUAUUAUCGUUCUCUCUUGGUGCUGGCCCCGUGCCUGCACUUCUACUCUCGGAGAUUUUUGCGUCAAGAAUCAGAGCUAAAGCAGUGGCUUUGUCUUUGGGCAUGCAUUGGAUAUCGAAUUUCGUUAUCGGCUUGUACUUCUUGAGUGUGGUGAACAAGUUUGGUAUCAGCGCAGUGUACCUGGGAUUCGCGUCUGUUUGUCUUGCAGCAGUCGUGUAUAUAUCUGGUAACGUUGUCGAAACGAAGGGACGAUCUUUGGAGGAAAUAGAACUUGCUCUCAGCCCAGCUAUUUGAUUAUUCUCGUUUUCCGCAAUUUUGGUGCUUUCUUUACUGUGCUAUGUAUGUAUAUAUUAUACACAACUCUGCCACAUAGUUUUGUAUAUGAAUUAAAUCAUCCAUCUUUUGAUCCU